AUGAAUAAAUAUAUCGCUCCAGAUAGUGGAGUUCGAUAUGAACCACCAAAGCAAGGUUUGGAACGUCGACGGUCAUGUACAGAUAUUCCGUGUUGCUUCAUUUUUCUCAUAUUCAUUCUUCUCUUCGUUGUACUAAGCAUAUUUGCCUUUCAAGAAGGUGAUCCAAAACAACUUCUCCAUCCGACCGACAGUCAAGGGAACCUAUGUGGAUCAGGCAAAUUUCCAGAUCGUCCUUAUGUUUACUUUUUCGAUUGGACAAAAUGCAUAAAAUCACUCAAUUUCGCAUCAAACAUGUUAAAAGGCCGUCCAUUUGUAUGUCCAACAACUCAAGUAUGUGUUCAACAAUGUCCAAGUCAAUCCGCCUAUUAUCAAUUUAAUAAUUAUCAAACUUAUCGUGUUUGUACAUAUGAUGUUACUACGAAUAAUACUAAUAAUGUUCAACUCGUAAGAGACGGCAAAUGUGCACCAUAUGUCUUAGCUAGUAAGCCACUCUUCGGUCGAUGUAUUCCUGAGACGUUAGAAAAUCUAGUCAAUGAUUUUAUUCAAGUGCCAAAUAAUAACAAUGUCAGUCAAAAUCUUACUGAUUCUAAUGGAGAAGUCCUAACUCGAGCAAAGUUAGAACAAGGAGUGAAAUACUUAGUUGAUUUGUUGAAUUUAAAGCAAGUUGGUGCAUUUCUUGUCGAAGAUUUAACAACAUCAUGGAAAUACAUUCUAAUCGCAUUGGCUUUUGCCGCUAUUAUUUCCUUUAUAUGGAUUGUUGUAAUGCGUUGGCUGGCUAAGCCAGUUGUUUGGCUUGGAAUUCUCUUAUUUAUCUUUAUGUUGGCAAUCGUAACUGGCCUAUCAUUUUACGAAUUCGAUCAACUUCGAAAGAAAAAUGAUAAUCAAAUCAUCACCGAAUUUAAAUUUGUCGCUGAUGCGAAUUAUUAUCGAGGUUUACCAAUAACAUGGUUGGUUCUUGGCAUUCUAUUGUCGAUUCUACUCAUCAUCUCAAUUCUCGUUUUUUUGGCCUUAUUAAAACGUUUACGGAUCGCUUUAGCUAUACUCAAAGAAGCAUCAAAAGCGGUGGGCUAUAACUUUUUCAGUCUUUUUUGGCCGUUUAUUCCAUUUUUGUUACAAAUUGGCAUCUUUGUUUAUUGGGCUGUUGUGGCUAUUUAUUUAUCUACAGCAGGAAAACCCAUUUAUCGUAUUGUUUAUAAUGAGACAUUGGCAAAUACAACAAAUGUGCAAUUAGGCGAUAUUUGUGAUCCGAAGAAGUGGAAUAAUACCAAUGGAUCGAAUGGACAAUGUGUCUUUUGGGAAUAUGGAUAUGAUCCACAAAUUGAUUUGGAUAGUGUAUUAAAUGGGACUGGUACUCAUUUCAAAUCGUUCAUUAUAUUCGUAAAUGAGCAUCAGUGGCUACCUCAAGUUUUCUCCGUUUUUAUGUUAUUUUGGUUGACAGCUUUUGUUAUUGGAUUUAGUCAAUUAGUUCUUGCUGGUAUCUAUGCGCGGUAUUAUUGGGAUCGUGAACGAUUCGGUGUUCCCUGUUCAUCGCUACUCGCUUCUCUUUUUCGUGCGCUUAUCUUUCAUCUUGGUACAAUCGCAUUUGGUGCUUUAGUUAUUGCAAUCGUGAAAUUGAUUCGCGGCAUUUUAGAAUACAUUGAAGAGAAAAUUAAAGACAAAACUGGUAUUAUUGCUCGAUGUUUAUUCUGUUGUUGCCGUUGUUGUUUAUUUUGUUUGGAAAAAUUCUUGAAAUUUCUCAAUCGUAAUGCUUAUAUCAUCACUGCGAUCUACGGCACAGGAUUUUUUACAUCUGCAAGACGUGCAUUUCAUUUAAUCGUGUCAAAUCCUCUUCGUCUACUUGUUAUCGAUAAAGUUUGUGAUUUCUUAAUUUUUCUUGGCAAGUUAUGCGUCACAGCUGGUAUUGGUAUUCUCGCUUUCUUUUUCUUCACACAUCGAAUAGCUCAAGCCGAAAAGUAUGUUCCGGAAUUGCAUUACUAUUUCGUACCUUUGCUAUUGAUUAUAAUUGGUACAUACAUCAUUGCGACGUGUUUCUUUUCGGUCUAUUCGAUGGCGGUCGAUACUUUAUUCAUUUGCGCAAUACAAGAUAUACAACUACAUGAAAGUAAUAAAGAUCAUCAGCUGAUGAUGCCGAAAGGCUUGAAGAAGGUUUUUCGUGUUCAAGACAAAUAA